UACUUUUACCGCUGCACGUGUAAGGUGGAUUUUCUUCAGGCUCCCCAAAAGAAGAACACAAUUCCACCUUUUUCUCUAUGAAUCAUUAAAAUUUUCUAAAGAAAUGCAAAACCAUAUAUUACAUCAGCCGAGUCGAUUGCUAUUCAAAAUAGCAUCGAAAGCGGUUGGCUGUAGAGUAAAUUGUAAGGCAGCAGUUGCACCUUUUAGAAUAAGUCAAGAUUGCUGUUUUGCCAGCAAGGCUUCUAAUGUUGAGCUCAAACGAAGAUUGAAAGCUGAGAAAAAAGAGAAAGAAAAGGCGGAGAAACCAGCUGCACCAAAACCAAACGCCGCCUCGGCAGCUGACAAAAAGGAUAAAAUCAAAGAAGAAGAAAUCUCACCGAAUGAGUAUUUUAAAUUGCGCUCCACUGCCGUGGCUGAGCUUAAAAAAACACCCGAAGCUCAUCCCUAUCCGCACAAAUUCCAUGUUAGUAUAUCGUUGGAGAGCUUCAUUGAGAAGUAUUCAGACUUGAAGGAUGGUGACAUGUUGUCUGAUGUCAAUCUCAGUGUUGCUGGACGUGUUCAUGCAAUCCGUGAGUCUGGAGCUAAAUUGAUAUUUUACGAUUUGCGCGGCGAAGGAGUCAAACUGCAAGUAAUGGCCAAUGCUAAAUUGUACGAGAGUGAAUCAGCAUUUGAGAGUGAUUUGUCAAAAUUACGACGUGGAGAUAUCAUCGGUAUCAAUGGAUAUCCUGGCAAAACUAAGAAGGGUGAAUUGUCUGUUAUACCAAGAACGAUAAAAUUACUCUCGCCAUGUUUGCAUAUGUUACCUCAUUUACAUUUUGGUCUGAAGGAUAAAGAGACUCGCUUCCGUCAAAGGUAUUUGGAUCUUAUUCUCAACAAUAAAGUCAGAGAGACUUUCCAAAUCAGAGCAAAGAUAAUUGCCUACGUUCGUCAAUUCCUUGAUAAAAUGGGAUUCCUUGAAAUUGAAACUCCCAUGAUGAACAUGAUUGCUGGAGGUGCUACCGCCAAACCCUUCAUUACACAUCACAACGACCUCAACAUGGAUCUGUAUAUGCGAAUUGCACCCGAAUUAUAUCACAAAAUGCUGGUAGUUGGUGGUUUGGAUCGUGUCUAUGAAAUCGGUCGUCAAUUCCGCAAUGAAGGCAUUGAUCUCACUCACAAUCCCGAAUUCACUACUUGUGAAUUCUAUAUGGCCUACGCUGAUUAUCAUGACCUCAUCGAAUUGACUGAGCAAAUGAUUUCUGGAAUGGUCAAAGCCGUACAUGGAUCGUACAAGAUUACAUAUCAUCCGGACGGUCCAGAAGGUGAAGCUCAGGAAAUUGACUUUACACCACCAUUCAAGCGUGUGUCGAUGAUUAAGACACUUGAAGAAAAGUUAAAUGUCAAAUUCCCUUGUCCGACAACUUUGCAUACAAAGGAAACUGCAGACUUCCUCAGUAAAUUGUGCAUUAAACAUCAAGUUGAGUGUCCAGCUCCAAGAACAGCUGCUCGUUUGCUGGACAAACUAGUGGGUGAUUUUAUCGAGGAGACAUGCAUUAAUCCUACUUUCAUUUGCGAUCAUCCGCAAGUGAUGAGUCCAUUGGCCAAGUAUCAUCGCAGCGAGCCAGGUUUGACCGAACGUUUCGAAUUGUUCGUGAUGAAGAAGGAAGUUUGCAACGCCUACACCGAGUUGAAUGAUCCAGCGGUGCAGCGUGAGCGUUUCGAACAACAAGCUGGUGAUAAGGCGGCUGGUGACGAUGAGGCGCAAUUAGUUGAUGAGAACUUCUGUACGGCAUUGGAAUAUGGUCUGCCGCCAACUGGAGGUUGGGGUCUUGGAAUUGAUCGUUUAACGAUGUUCCUUACGGAUUCCAAUAAUAUUAAGGAGGUUCUGUUGUUCCCUGCCAUGAAACCAGAUGAUCCAAACAAAAAUCAAGCACCAGUUGAUGCUCCACCAGCUGAAGAAAAGAAAUAAAAAUUUUAUUUAUUUAAAAUUAUUGGUCAGUAAGUGAAGAUUUAUACCCAACCAUCAAUAAGAAUAAAACCAUGAUAUUUAAAAUAA